AUGCGGAGGGACUGCGCCUUCAGCCUCCGACCUGGAGGCCAGGAGACCGCCCCUGCCCGCGGUCCCGCCCCGCGGCGCCCAGUAUUCCCGGCUGCCCGCGGCGGGGUCCCCGGCCCCCAGCCCGCCAGCCCCGGGCGGGGAUCGCACCCACCUGCGGCGGCGCGGCGCGGCUCUGGCCGGGUCCGGCUGGGUCGUCGCUCGAGGCUGUGCGCCGCCGUGGCCGCCGCGCCUCGGCUCCCGCCGCCCGGCCCUCCCCCGGGCCGCUCCACGUGGCUGCUCCACGUAGCCCUCCCGGCUGCGGCCGCCGCCCUGGCCCGGGCAGAGUCCGGAGCGCCAGCGCCGUGGCCUGGGUCUCCGCCUCGCCCCGCCUGGCCCGCAGACCCCGGCCCUCUGCGGCCCGCACCGGGCGAGGGAGAGCGUAGGCCACAACUGGUGACUGGGUCCCAGUUUCUGGCCUUCCUGGAGCGACACUGUCCAGUCACUGUGGAGACUUUCUACCCUACGCUCUGGUGUUUUGAGGGGCGGCUACAAACCAUCUUCAGAGUCUUACUGCAGUCUCCGCCUGUAGCCCCUUACUCAAGGGAAGUUCUCGAAACCCCGGAUAGCGGACAGCUCCUCCUAGACUGGGCCAGCAGCAACAGCAGUCAAUACCCUGACCCUACCACCCAGCCAUUGUUAUUGCUGCUUCCUGGUAUCACGGGCAGUAGUUAGGAGGCAUAUAUCUUGCUAGUUGACCAAGCUUUGGAGGAUGGCUAUAGGGCUAUCGUAUUUAAUAACCGGGGCUGCCGUGGGGAAGAACUGCUGACCUACAGGGCCCUCUGUGCCAGCAACACUGAAGAUCUGGAGACAGUCGUGAACCACAUGAAGAGCCGCUACUCCCAAGCUCCACUGCUGGCUGCGGGCAUCUCUCUCGGAGGGUAAAGGCUGUCUCUGAACCACCUGGCUCGAAUGGGACGGGCUGCGGGGUUGGUGGCAGCACUGACUCUACCUGCAUGCUGGGAUACCUCUGAGACCACCUGCUCCCUGGAGACCCCACUGAACUCACUGCUCUUCAGUCAGCACCUCACUGCUGGGCUCUGCCGAGCUGGGAACCGAAACAGAAAGGUGAUGGAAAAGGUGGUGAAUGUAGACUUUGUGCUACAGGCCCACACAAUCCACCACUUUGAUGAGUACUACACAACUGUGGUCUUCGGAUAUCAGGGCUGUGCUGCCUAUUACCGAGCAGCAAGCCCAAGAACCAAGGCAGAUGCCAUCCAGCUCCCUGUGCUCUGCCUCAAUGCAGCUGAUGACCCCUUCUGCCCGGUCCACGCCCUUCCCCUACAGGCUGCCCAAUAUUCUCCCCACGUUGCACUGCUCGUCACAGCUCGGGGUGGCCACAUCGGCUUCCUGGAAGGACUGCUUCCCUGGCAGCACUGCUACGUGAGCCCCCUCAUGCAUCCGUAUGCCAAAGCCAUCUUCCAGCACCCAGCAGAGCUGCUCAGCCUCAGGGCACCCACUCCUCCCGAGGGAGGCAAAAGCUGA